ACUUCCGGUAGGAGUGCGCUUUCACGUGGAUACGCUGAAUGGACCGCAGAGACAGAGCACUAGAAGAUAGAGCCGGUCAGUUGAGAGCACAGAACAUUUUUUUGGGACCUGUUUGGAGAAAACCCAGCCGAAGUCCUUCAUCGAUGAAAUAAACAAAAAUUCUACAUCUAUAUUCUGUGCUAUCCCGGUGAACAGUUCAGUUCAAGAUGAGCUCUGCAAAUACCCUAGAUGAUGAGAACACGUUCAAGAUCUUGAUAGCAACUGACAUUCACCUGGGCUUUAUGGAGAAGGAUGCCAUACGUGGAAACGAUUCCUUUGUGACGUUUGAUGAGAUUUUAAAAUGUGCCAAGGAGAAUGAAGUUGAUUUACUGUUACUGGGUGGCGAUCUGUUUCACGACAACAAACCCUCUCGGCGGACCCUGCACAGUUGCAUGGAGCUGCUGAGGAAGUACUGCAUGGGAGAUCACCCGAUACACUUCGAAAUCCUCAGUGAUCAGGCUGUCAACUUUGGCUUUGGCAAGUUUCCAUGGGUGAACUAUCAAGAUGAAAACCUCAACAUCUCCAUCCCAGUCUUCAGUGUUCAUGGCAACCAUGAUGAUCCUACUGGGGCGGAUGCGCUCUGUGCCUUGGAUAUCUUGAGCUGCGCUGGCCUGGUCAAUCACUUUGGUCGAUCCAUGUCCAUCGAGAAGAUUGAGAUCAGCCCUAUCCUGCUGCAGAAAGGAAGCACCAAGAUAGCCCUCUAUGGUAUAGGCUCUAUUCCAGAUGAGCGCCUGUACCGGAUGUUUGUCAAUAAACAAGUGACCAUGCUCAGACCGAAGGAGGAUGAAGACAGCUGGUUCAACAUGUUUGUUAUUCACCAGAACAGAAGCAAACAUGGAGCCACCAAUUACAUCCCAGAGCAGUUUCUGGAUGACUUCCUGGAUCUGGUUGUCUGGGGCCAUGAGCAUGAGUGUAAAAUCGCCCCUGAGAGGAAUGAGCAGCAGCUUUUCUAUGUCACACAGCCGGGCAGCUCUGUUGUAACUGCUCUGUCUCCGGGGGAGGCUGUUAAAAAACACAUCGGGCUGCUACGGGUUAAGGGCAAGAAGAUGAACCUGCAGAAGAUUGCAUUGCAGACUGUGCGUCAGUUCUUUAUUGAGGAUCUGGUGCUUGGUGACCACACAGACCUCUUCAAUCCUGACAAUCCCAAGGUUACUCAGAAAAUUGAGGCUUUUUGCAUUGAAAAGAUUGAAUCAAUGCUGGAUAUUGCUGAAAGAGAGAGACUUGGAAACUCGCUGCAGCCAGAGAAGCCAUUAAUCAGACUGCGGGUUGAUUACAGUGGAGGUUUUGAACCAUUUAAUGCGCUACGCUUCAGUCAGAAGUUUGUUGACCGAGUGGCAAACCCCAAGGAUAUUGUUCACUUUUUCAGACACAGAGAGCAAAAGGACAGAAAAGAUAAUGAACCCAUCAACUUCGACGGGCUGGUGACCAGAACAUCUUCUGAAGGAACGACUUUGAGAGUGGAGGACCUAGUGAAGCAGUAUUUUGAGACAGCUGAAAAAAAUGUCCAGCUGUCUCUGCUGACCGAGCAGGGAAUGGGAAAGGCUGUCCAGGAGUUUGUGGAUAAGGAGGAACGGGACGCCAUCGAGGAGCUGGUGAAGUUUCAGCUGGAGAAAACCCAGCGCUUUCUGAGGGAGCGCCACAUCGACGCCGUGGAGGACAAGAUUGACGAGGAGGUUCGACGUUUCCGAGAGUCAAAGAAGGACACUGUUGAAGAGGAGGAAGAUGUCAGAGAGGCUUUAAACAGGGCAAAAGCCCACCGGUCUCAGGGAGAGGGGUCCUCCUCCUUCAUGGAUGACAUUGAUGUCUUGGAGGAGCCCAAUGCUGAGGACUCGGACGACAGCAUCACCCCUCCACCAAGUCGAGGGAGAGGGAGGGGGAGGGCCGGAGGAGGUCAGGGGUCAACAACCAGAGGAACGUCAAGACGAGGGCGAGGAGCUUCUGUCCCAACUGAAUCAAAGACCUCUGGGAGAGGACGGUCUCACAAGAACCCGGUCAUCAGCCCGACAAAGAACAUGUCCAUCGUGGAUGCCUUCAGAGCUAGCAGCCAGAGGUCUACCAGGACACCAGCUCCCAAAAACGUUACUGACAAGAUUGUAAUCGAUGAUGACUCUGAUGAUGAUGUAUCGUUUGUAAAACCUGGGAAAGUCGAGCAAAGGUCUUUCAGUCUGUCGUCUGUAUCCUCAAGCAGAAGAGGCUCGCAGGGUCAGAGCCAGUCAUCGAGAGGGGUGUGCUUUGAUGAUGAUGAUGAUGAGGACGAAUUUGACCCCUUUAAAAGCUCUACCAAUGCCAACAGACGAGGUCGGCGUUAGCUUCCAAAACGGAACACGAUGCAGAAAUCUUUUACUGAAAUAUGAUUUUUUCUGUUUUUUGUUAACUUGCUUGUUUGGUUGUUUAAACAGUUUAUUGCACGGAUGGGGGAAAAAAAAGACCCCCACUAUUAGCGGUUGAGCCAUUCCGGGCUUUAUGCCAUGCUUAACCAGUCGAACUGGAAUUAGUACAUUUGCUAAGCAAUUGGAAUCUUAUUUCCAUCCCUGCAAUAUCAACAGGUACAGUACGCCUGAUCUGAAUUAUACAAACACAAGCUAUGAAUAGAUAUUAGACUGUGAUUGCAUGCCAGAUUGAAGCAUUCUGGGCAGACCUGAGCUUGUGAUCUCAAUGGUUUCUCUUGACUCUGGUCUCAGAUAUAGUUUAUUCAAAAAACCUAGGCUGGAUUAAAACCUAAUCCCAGGAAAACCUAGGCUGGAUUAAAGUGGAAUGCAGUGUAGUAGUCACCCCUGCAAACAGUUUUUAGUACUAUUAAAAAUAAGCUUGUUACCCUUUCUGGUUGAGACCUUUUUUUUUUUUUUUUUUU